GGGGCGCGGGGCUCCGGGCCCGGCUGGCGUGGGGGUGCAGCAGGGCAGGGUCAGCUCGGGCAGCUGUGCCAGAGCUGGGGCGGCUGCUUGGCUGGACUGUGGGGCUCCUGGCCGUGCCCGAAGCCCUUCACCUCUUACCUUCAAGCUCAGGGAGGAGGCAGAUUUUCCUCAGCUUGGCUCCGCUGCCCCCCAGAGAUGGUGGGCCACCUGCACCUGCAAGGAAUGGAAGAGAGUCUGAAAGAGAAGAGCCGGGAGGGCCUGCUGGACAGUCCGGAUUCCGGGCUGCCCCCCAGCCCUAGCCCCCCUUUCUACACCCUGGCUCCCGGGAUCAUCGGGGGCAGCAGCACAGGGCCGGAUCACCCAGGACAUGGGCCCAGAAAGGAAGCCAAGGAAGGCAAAGUGAUCCCUUACCUUCUUGUGAACUCUUCUGUGCCAGAGACGAGGCCUCGAAUGUUCCCGGUGUUCUUUGGCGAAAGCAUUGAGGUCAACCCUGAACCUGUGCAGGAAAUUAGGUGCAACUCGGAGGUGAAAUAUGACUCAGAGAAACACUACAGGGACGACAUCUUCUACGGACCCAUCCCCACCAUAACCGCCUACAGCGAGACGGUCAUCGCCACACCAAACUGCACCUGGAGGAACUACAAGUCGCAGCUGAUCUUCGAGCCCCGACAGAAGCCCCUGCGGUUCCAGAGCACAACCAUCAUCUUCCCCAAACGCACCAAGAACAUUUAUCGAACCACCCUCACCUACAGCCUGGGCUGUGCCAAGCGGUGGUUCGCGUCCAGCGUGCAGCUGGAGCUAUGCGAAGAAACCAGCCCCUGCAGCAUCUACAGCGAGACCCUUUCAUCCGCCCGGGGCGGGCUCUGACGACCACAAGGCCGCGUCCUUCGCUGGCCUCUCCGGACAGACAGAUUUGACCAGGUGCCUUCAUUGAUGGCGACGGGCCCUUGACUACUAGCGGCUGGGCGUGCAUGGUCUUAGACACAUCUGAACUGCUCCAAGAGGAGGCCUAGAGGGGAUGUACUCUUUAUGGAUUUGGUCAGCGCAAGGCUGGCAUUUGUUGUGGGACAUUUUUGAUGUUCAUGCUCUGGAUUUUGUUUUUGUUUUUUGACACAUAUCUAUUUUAAAUAGCAUUUCAGUGAAAUCAGAUAGCAAAGGCCCUAGGUUUGCAGUUACCAUAUGUUAUAGUGCUGCUUCCCAGCUCCGUGGGUCUUCUCUAGCAUGUAGGUGCGACUUAGCAGUGCCUUGGAAGCCAAUCCUAUCUGAUAGGAGAAGACCAGCUGCAGACUCACCAUCCAAUCUGCACAGCUGCUAUCCGCCUGCUUCUCCUAGUGUUUAAACACAGAGAAGACAGUUGUUAUUUUUAAUUGCAUAAAACAUUGAUCCCACUCCGAAUCCCCAUCUGAAGGAUGGCUCCAGGAUUGCAUUGCAGCACCACAGUGACCUCCGAUUUAGCUUUUUUUUUUUUUAAAAAAAAAUUUUGUCACCAAAACAGGGAAGACGGUCGAUCGUGCUGACUGGGCACCAGCCUUUCCAGAAUAGGCAAGUGCCAAACUCCCAUUUGAGACCCUUCUGCGGAGUCAGAUGUUUACAUGCCAUAGUGGGAUACCGUGCAAGGAGCUUUUAGGGGAGCCGAGAAUGGAAUGCUUAAGGGCAGAUUUGCAUUCUAAGGAGGAUGCAAGCCAGGGAAAAUGGCAGGAAGCUUAGUUAACAGGGAUAAAACACAGAGAGAGAACAGAUCUAAUUCAGGAUUAACCUGAUUUUAUGCAAAGGCAGCUUAUGACAAUCAAUCAGGUUAACUAGGUGUAGGAGAAUAUGCUUUCAAGGGCAGUUCCUCGAGGACCAAAAGCCUUUUCUGUUAUAUGAGAUGAUAAAGACCAUAGCAGGAGCAGAAUUUUAAACUCCGAGUUGAAGACUGUCAACAGGACAGAUGUUUCCAAAAUUCGGCAGAAUGGGGCCGUGGCUCAUCGCCAGCCUGCUGAGUCCAGUAAUAAUGCACAAUAGUAAUAAUUUAUCCAAGGACAAUGAAAGGAACUGCCUAUUCCUACCCUCUGCUCCUCCCCCAAGCUGGUUAGUUCCCAUGCAGCUGUAAAAACACAGAGGUGGGCAGCCUUCAGAAGGUGCCAGCGGGCCAGCACCAGCAGCCAGCUUCAAACCUGGCUGAUCCCUCCCUGCCACCUACAAGCUCUCGGAGAUCUGGCACUAACAGAUACUGUCACUGGGUCCCACGGCAUCUGCAUGUCGCCUUGUCCCUGAGACAGACCCCUGCUAGCAGAGACUGAUUUGACACCCUUUUCCCACCUCUUCUUCACAAAGAAUGGAUUUAGCUCCCCUGGUACCUUAUUUUUUUGUGAGGUGAAGUUGGAAGAGGGAAGUUGGUUGCUCUUUUUUAAAUGCUCACUUUCACUUGUAUCUAAACUAUGAGGAAACCAUCCGCUCUACGGCUUCAACUGGCAUCAGCAUUGAAAGGAAACAAGAAAAGAGAACAACAGUGCUCUGGCAGGCUCUGUUUUAUUGCAGGACUCCAUAUGUGGCAUUGCUGUUCUGAUCUGUUGUUAGCUGUUUUCAUUUCCCUCUGGGGAUAAACUGCAGCAAGACAAGCACGGCUCUGGCCGGGAAAGGAAUUAAGGAAAUCAUGCCCAUAGUUAUGAAAAAAUGAACCCAUCCAGCAUGACCCACAAAGAUUAUUUGAUGUGCCUACAAGUGGGACUUUUGUGUUGAUUAGACUACAACAGGAACAAUGCUAAGCAACAGUGCGUCAGUAAAUGACAAUGCCUAUGCAGAGGGGUAAGAAAGCAAUACAAGAUCCCAACGCUGUUACUGCUUUGUGAAUACAGGCCAAGAGGGCUGGGAUUGUCAAUGGAGACAAAAGGAAUUAGACACCUCCUAGGGGAAUUAUGCACCUAAAUAUAUUUGAAGAUCUGGGCCUUGGGCACUUAGGAACUUUUAGUCUCAUUUAAAAUCAAUAGACCUUAGGUGUCUACGUGCCUAUGUCUCUUUGGCAAAUGGGACUUACAGGUAACAUUUUCAAGAGCAUCCAACUCCUGCAGGCUUUUUAGCUAAACAGCUCUGAAAGUCAAUGUCUAUUUGGUCCCCUCCCCCACUCCCUUUCUUAAGUGUUUUGUUUUGUAUUUGUCUUGCUGCAGUUCUGAUUGUUAUUUCAGUGUACACAUGACCAGCCAAGUUACAACACCUAAUAAUAAGGAAUAACUCAGA